AUGAACCUCCGACUCUACACUCUGACCUCCUCGGUCAGGCCGUUACAGGCCCAAUUUCAUCACCUUCCCCCAACGACACCGACAAACCCCAAUGCGCCAAAGAAGCUCCUCUCCGAACUCCCAGCCACCGUCUUCAACGACUACUACGAAACGCAAUGUCCGACGGAAGGGCAGCUGGCCUAUGCCAACAAGUUCUUCACUCCCUCGCGCCACUCCCCGGUCAAGCUCUGGUCCGCCAGCAAGUUCCGCACGACACCGAUCGAAUCGCACGAGCCGGAGGUCUGCUUCCUGGGCCGCUCGAAUGUUGGCAAAAGCUCCCUCCUGAACACGAUCAUGGGCGACGAGAUUUGUUACACCUCGUCGAAGCCCGGUCGAACCCGCGAGAUGAACGCCUUCGGCAUCGGUGGCACCAAAGGCGGCGAAUCGAAGAUCGUACUUUUGGAUAUGCCAGGAUACGGUCAUGGAGGUCGCGCCGAGUGGGGUGAGGAGAUCAUGAAGUAUUUGGAGAAGCGGAAGCAACUCCGCCGCGUCUUCGUCCUAAUCGACGGCCACCACGGCAUCAAGAUCUUCGACCGAAAAAUCAUUCGCCUGCUCAGCGAAUACAACCUACCCUAUCAAAUCGUCGUUGCCAAGAUCGACAAGAUUCUCGCCAAGCAGACAGGCCAGCUCAAGUCCGGCGUCACGGAACGAGGCAUCGCCGCCCUACAAACCGUUCACCGGAAACUGCGCCAGUCGUUUGCCGCCAUGGCACGCGACUCGCACGGGCCCCCGCCCCUGGGGGAGACUCUGACCUGCUGUGCGGCCGUGCAGCGCGCGCCGGGCGACUACAUCGGGAUCUCGGCGAUACGAUGGGCGAUUAUCAAGGCGGCAGGGUAUGAUGCUAAUGUCGAUGCUGAGGGGAAUGUUAUCAAACCUGAGAAAGUGAAGGCGACGACGAAGAAGUCUUAG